AUGCCAUCUAAGCCAGCUGCGCCGCGGCGGUCGCUGACGGCGGCGGAGCUGGCGGGGUUUAGCGCUCUCCCCGUGCACUCGUUCCUCGGCCUGCGCUUCCUCUCCGCCUCCCCCGAUCAAGUCGUAGCUACUCUCGUCUCCUCGCCCUCCUCUGCCCAGCCGUUAGGCAACCUGCAUGGGGGGGUGUCAGCGCUGGUCACGGAGGCAGUGGGCAGUCUAGGCGCUGCUGUCGCUGCUGGUGCGCCGGUGGUGGGGGUGGAGGUGGCAUGCAGUCACCUCAGAGGCGCACCCAUGGGCACUCCUCUCAUUGCUGUUGGCACUCCCUUGAGAGUCGGCCGCACCGUUCAGGUUUGGGAGGUCCGCCUGUCAGCUUCAAGCGACCGUGUGCUGGCACAACAAGGCGAGCCAGCCCCUGCUAGCGAGUUGACUCUUGAGUCGACUCAAAAGGCAGCAGCAACAUGGUCUCGUCACUUGCCCUCCCUAUCGCACUCACAGUCACCAGACAGCAAGACAGGCCCGAGCCUAGAGCCUCAGCAGCAGCCGUUGCCACCUGAUUGCACACCUGAUUGCACACCUGAGGGCUUUACGGCUGGCCGAUUGCUGGCAGUGGGGCGUCUGACGUGUGUUGCCUGGCCCCAGAGCCGUGGAGGAGGGGCGAAUGGGGAGAAUGGGAAUGGAGGGGAGGCGAAAAGGAAUGGAGGCGGCGAGAAGGGAGCAAACGGGAGUGGAGGAGAAGCAUCGAGGCGAGAGGAAAGUGGAGCGUUGGGGAACCGAGAGGAGGGAAGUGGAGAGGCGGAGCUGAAGCAGCGGAUCGGGGAGAGUAAGGAUGAGCAUGAGGGCGCACGUGCAUGUCUCUGCCUCGAAUCCCCUCGAUUCGACUCGCCUCCCUUCAACCGUCUGCCCAUCCACAAGUUCAUCGGCCUUCGCUUCCUCUCUGCCUGCCCUCACCGCGUCGUUGCGGCGUUCGUCUCGUCUCCAGCAACCGCUCAGCCCUUGAACAACGUGCACGGGGGAGUAUCAGCCAUAGUCACGGAGACGCUGGGCACUACGGGCUCGAGCCUAGCAGCAGGGGGGCUGGUGGUGGGAGUGGAGGUGGCCAUCAGCCAUCUCAGGCCGUGCCCCCUCGGCACUCCCGUGGUUGCUGUCGCUGUGCCGCUGCGAGCGGGGCGCACUGUUCAGGUGUGGGAGGUGCGCUUAUCCGUCCAAAAGCUAGACAAACAGAGGCGAGACGAGCAGAGGCAGAGCCAUCAGGAUGUGGGGGAAGCGUCUGGAGGGAGGACUACUUUGAGUGCUCCCAGGGCAGGGCAACUACUGGCAGUGGGACGGCUGACAGCGGUGGUGGUGGGCAAGGGGGAUGGCAAGGAGAGGAGCAAGGCAAGGCUGUGA